CAGGCGCAGCCUUUUCCCUAUGGAGUUGUUGCUGAGGAGCUUUCAGAGUUUCGGGGAACGAGAGAAGCAAGAGCGCGGGCGGUGAAAUGGUGCUGACAAUGACUGCCCACUUUCUCAGGAAUAACCCGAUUCACCCGGGACUGAAUGUUAGAGUCCUGCUCAUGCUGUCAUUUGUGUCAGGGCUGGUGUAUGGCAGUCAGGUGGUGGUCCCCCCUAAGGUGAACGCUGUGUUGGGAAAGAACGUCACCCUCAGCUGCAGGGUGCAGGUGGACACGAACCUCAGCCUGACGCAGAGCUCAUGGGAGAGGAAGCUGCCCACUGGAUGGGGGACUCUGGCUGUGUAUAACCCCAUGUUUGGCAUCUCCAUCACGCCCGAAUAUGAGCGACGGCUAUCCUUCCGUUCACCCUCUAUGCACGAUGCCACCAUCGUGCUGGAAGACGUGGGUUUCGCUGACAUCGGCAUAUACACCUGCAAGGUUGCCACCUUUCCGCUGGGUAACACUCAGGCCUCCACCACUGUCAGCGUGAUAGUGGAGCCAAAGGUAUAUGUCUCAGCUGGAUCUUCUGCUCUGAUCGAUGGCGGCAAUGAAACCACAGUGGCCACCUGUAUUGCUGAGAGGGCUCGGCCCCCUGCCGACGUCUCCUGGGAGACGAAUCUGUACGGCACAUCUGAGGCCCACAUGCAGGACGAUGCCAAUGGCACCACUACGACCCAGGUGCACUACACCUGGCAGCCCUCCCGUCACGCCCAGGGCCACACGUUAACAUGUGUGGUCAAACACCCCGCUCUACAGAGCGACUUCAGGAUACCCUAUAUCAUCAACGUACAGUUUGCUCCAGACAUCCUGGUGCUGGGCUAUGACGGCAACUGGUAUGUGGGCAGGGAGAAUGUGCAGCUGAAGUGUCGAGCCAAGGCCAACCCGCCUGCCCAGCACUUCAGAUGGAUCAGGUUGGAUGGAGAGAUGCCAGGUGGAGCGGAGGUGGUGAAUAACUCGUUGGCGUUUAUGAGACCCUUGCAGAAGAACGACUCUGGGGUUUACAGGUGUGAGGUGGCAAAUGACAUCGGACUGCACAGUCGAGACAUUAGAAUACGUGUUCAGGAUCCUCCCUCAACCACCACUAUGCCCCCCACCACCCCUGUGCGCCUCCUAACCGCCGACAUCUCUGCCACCGUGCCUGGCAAUAAGCAGCGAGCCCUCAUCACGUCUCCAACCCUGGCGCCUCUGCCGGAGGGGAGCCUAGGCACGAUUGUCGGUGGGGCAGUAGGCGGAGCCCUCUUCCUGCUGUUGCUGCUUGUUCUAGGCGGAGUUUAUUACCAGCGUCAACGGCGGACGUUCCGUGGCGACUACUACACAAAACAGUAUCAUGGCCCCUCGGAUAUGCAGAAGGCUCCCCAGCCCCAUGAGCUGCAGCAAGUCUACAGCAAAGGAAGCCCUGACACCAAGCUCAAGUCCAACCAGGAUAACGGCACCAUCUACCCAGAUAAGGAUCGAGAAGAGUGGGGUGAUUUCGACCGAGAGCGAUCACCCAACAGUCGCAGCAGAGCUCUGAGGGAAGCAGGCGGUCAAAUCAACAACCUUAAUCAUUACAACCAUGAGCAUGGCUACCACAGCAACCAUCACCCCAGCCAUCCGCAAAGCUUUAGUCCAGCCCAUCAUAUCCAGAGUAGCUCGCUGCAGCCAGAGCCCCGCAGAUACGCUGCUCCACAAGUCAUGAGCAAUGGCUCCCCCUUCCUGCCGGAGGACUGCUACGACAACGACUACGUGUCGCACACGGAUGGCUCAAUGAUCUCCCGGAGGGAGUGGUAUGUCUGAGAAGAACGAGCAGGAAGAGACUGCGUGGACACUUAUGAAGUGCUUCAGACUGCAAAAUGAGACUGGGAUGAUAAGAGUUAUGUAAAGAAAAUUAGUAGGAAAUGCACCUUUUCUAGUAGUUUACACCUGCCAAUUUGUUUUUGUACAUUAGUCUAAUCAUUAGUUAGCUGUUCAUAGUUAGCUGGUUUAAUUGAUGUUUUGGGACCAAGAGAGGGUGUAAUUAUUGUCUUCGUUUCUUAGAUUGGUCAGGCAACAAGACAUCUGCUUUGUUUCACCAAUAAACCAGUUCAGGGUUGAUUUCAGGGGUGAUUUAAGUUGAGUUGUCUUUGCCAAAUCAAUAGCCAGUCUCCUUUUCCUUGCACAGUAAGAUGAGCUGUGUGAUUUAUUUAAAAGAAAGAAAGCAGUUCGAACAAAUGCAGUUUGUAUUGAAAUAACCUGUCGAUAAGUGUUUCAGAUCAGCCCUGUCGUGAGCGAUGAGUUUCGAUGAGUCACGUCAACUUUCAGUGCUGUCACUCUGAUGGAGGCAGAAAUGAGCUCCUGUCAACAGCCUGGCGGUUUCCAUGGCAACAUUUAUUUCUUCACUACUGGCAUUCAGAGUUGCUGUAGGGAGGAGCUAGACAGGGAGGACCGUGCUGGAUUUGAUAAAGCCCAAUUGGCGAAAGCCAGACAGGAUGAUUGCCGAAAUGGGGUGGCUGUAAUUGUAUCAAUUCAGUUUCCAUUUACAUACCCCUGCGUCACUGUAUUAGCUCUGGAUUUCUUUUGUUUGUGCCAUCAAAAAUUUUGCCGCCGUGUGAGUCUGUCUGCAGAAGAUGAUUGGACAAUGUACAUUUAAAAACUACUGCCACUGUUCAACAUGAAAGCUUGUCCUGUAUUGAUGUAGCUGUCUGGCUUGUCUUCGUCAGACCAUCACUGCCCAGUGUUAACAACCUCCAACUGCAUUCAGCGACUGUGCAUUAUGUCACAAAUGGAGUCCUGUGCCUGUCUCUUGUGUUUCUGUGUUUGUCUGUAAUAUGUAAAUCCAAUCAGCUGGUGUUAACUGACAGUGUUUUGAUGAAUCGGCUCAUUGCCUGUGCAAUAGUGUUCAGAUUUCUAGUGUCAGAUCUCUCACAUUCACGCACAUAAUUUAACGUAGAAGACGAUAGCCUAACACACUCGUUAUUGGUCAUUAAACUUGUGUUGGCUGGAUCUUUAUAAGCUAGCAGAUGUGUAUGGUUGUUUUUUGAGAUAUUGGAGAUGAUAUUGUAGUGCCUUAAACUGAAGAUGUGCCCUGUAAGCAUUAUAAUAUGCAUGCAGAAGUUACGAACGAGUGAGUAUCAUUUUCAGAAGAAGUAUGCGAGUUGAUUUGAGGCAUAAAAUGGUCAGGUCGGGUCCUGAGAACAUCAUUUUGUACUGUCCUUUGUUCACCACCUUGUUUUGUGUGCCAGUUUUAUGGUUUGCUUUUUGUAGGUUUUCAGACAAUAACUAAUUGUUUUGCUCGCAUUAAAUGACGUGUGACACUUGAGUCACGGUGCACAUCAACGAGUUAUGAUAAAGUAAAACUUAAAAUGUACAGGUUUGGACAAUGCAGAGGUGAAGAAUUCAAUGAAAACAAGAUUGUAUAUAUGCUGGCAUUUAGGAGAACCUUGUUUUGUUUGUUAGUUUGUUUGAAUUUAUCAUUCCUAUAGGAAGCCUGAGAUUCGACGGUGGAACGCACUAGAAAACCCACCAUUACACAGAUUUUGAUGAGAGGAUCGCACAUACACUUCUUCAGAACAUCUUUUACACUUCUUUGUUUUACAAAAGAGCUACUGUAAAAAAAAAAAAAAAAAAAGAAAAUACAAAAAUAAUAAUAAAAAAAAUAGCAAAGAAGAAAUGUAUUUGCAAUGUAUAGAUGAUACUGAGCAUUAUUUUGUAAAAUCAACCUUUGGGAUACAUUUGUUUUGAAAUAAAGCACCUUUUUUUC